AUGAAAACUUCCACCAUUGCCGUUGGUGCAGCCCUUCUAUCCUCAAUUGGUGCCUCAUUUAUCCAAGUCUCGACGUACUCAGAUGGAUCAAUAAGAACUUUCGAUUACAGACUUAGAGCUCCAAGAAUCCGUCCAACGUCGCCAUUCCAAUUAUACGAGAAUUCUCUAGCUAUGGGGACGGUGGAAACAUCAACUGGUUCACAUGCACCACCAAUCAACACCGCAUCCUACGAAAAUUCCAACACUGUACCAACCACUUCACUACUAUAA